GCGGGAGUGAUUGCGUGGAAAUUUAGUGCAGGGACGGAAAUGGGAGCGAAGCCGAGGUGGGGCCGGGUCCGGGUCCGGGGGUGGGCGGCCGGCCGGCGGGCCCUGCCUGCUGCUCGGCGGGCCCUGGCUUGGUGCUGCCGCCGGAGUGGGCCUAACGCGCUUCUGAGUGGCCGCCCCUCGGCUCCAGCCCCGCGGGGGUGGUGGAAGGCAACGAGCAGGCCCUGAGGGCUGUCAGUGGUGCGUGGUUUUUUGUUGCCCGAUGCACCAGAGGAGAGCACAGGUAAAGCCAUGUCACUGAAACAGGUUUCCAGCAACAAAUGCUUUGACGGUUUCCAGAAGGUGUUUGAACAUGACAGUGCAGAGCUAAAAUGCAAAAUGAAAUUUGGAAUCUACUUGCCUCCAAAAGCAGAAACUGGAAAGUGUCCUGUGCUGUAUUGGCUCUCGGGGUUAACUUGCACAGAACAGAAUUUUAUAACGAAAGCUGGUUUUCAUCAAGCUGCAGCUGAACAUGGCCUUAUUGUAGUUGCACCAGACACAAGCCCACGUGGCUGCAAUAUUGAAGGAGAAGAUGAAAGCUGGGAUUUUGGCACCGGUGCUGGUUUUUAUGUGGAUGCCACUGAAGAUCCAUGGAAAACAAACUAUAGGAUGUAUUCCUACAUAAAGGAUGAGCUGCCUAAACUAAUAAAUGCCAAUUUUCCAACUGAUCCUGAACGAAUGUCUAUUUUUGGGCAUUCCAUGGGAGGCCAUGGAGCUCUUAUUCUUGCUCUGAAGAAUCCUGGAAAGUACAAAUCUGUGUCGGCAUUCGCUCCUAUCUGCAACCCUAUUCAGUGUCAGUGGGGGAAGAAAGCCCUUGGUGGAUAUCUGGGAUCAGAUGUAAGCAAAUGGGAGGCGUAUGAUGCUACACAACUUGUGAAGUCCUAUCCAGACUCUCACCUGGACAUCUUGAUUGAUCAAGGCAAAGAUGACCAGUUCCUGUCAGCGGGCCAGUUAUUGCCUGAUAACUUCAUCGCUGCCUGCACGGAGCGGAAAAUCCCAGUGGUCUUUAGGCUGCAGCAGGGUUACGAUCACAGCUAUUUUUUCAUUGCUACAUUUAUUAACGACCACAUCAAACACCAUGCAAAAUACCUCAACGCUUGAACCGUUUGGAUGGGAGCGUUGUCUGUCCGGUAUGAAUCAAGGGGUAGAGGCAAACUAAACAGAAAUCAUUUGCUGAAGUAGCGUCUGUAAAAUGGAGCUCUUCUGAUCGUACUGCUAAGAAAAAUAAAAGUGCCACUUAAUUUCA